GCAUACUCAUUAGUGUAUUGUCGCGUAAGGAUUUUUUUUCUCCGAUUUUUGUAACCUAAGACGUUUUGAGAAUCCAGUUCAGGUAAAUUACAAAUCAGAUCAGGUAAUAUUAAUGUUUCCGUAUGUUUUGUAGGAGCUAGUUCAGUUACAUGGGCUAUAUAGUUUGUUUGUUUUUUACCCGGAGAGGAGUUUUAUUUUAAUUUUUUUAACGUGGGAAAUGCUGAAGGCAAGAGGGAACGGAUAAUCAACCCUUAACAGUUUAAUUUAGACACAACUAUAUUGCACAAAUCCAUUUUUCUGGACGAAGCCAUCCUAAAUAUUUUGGUUUCAUUUUGUUAAAACACUCCCGGACCGGACUAAAAUAUGAUUAACUCAGAUGCUUCUUAGUUGGGGUGUGGGAAGAGUCUGACUUCAGGGAAAUGGCAGUUAAUACACUGAAUUUAGACUACCAAACGUAUAUUUAGACUGAAUCACCAUCUCUUCAAAAUUUCAGAUAAAAUGUCCAAUAUGAAGACCUUGUCCUGGUUUCUGUUUGCCCUGUGUAUUCUCCAUGUGGUGGGUGAGGUGAUCUACAAGAGAAUUGGUCUGCCCGUCAAUAUUGAUUGUGGAGUCAAGACCUCUAACAAGGAUGUAGAGUGGAGACAUAAAGCUGUGGGAGGAAGUGAAUCUGUGUCGAUCAUGGGCAUUAAAGGGAAGACUGGCAACCAGCGGAAAGGAAAUGCUCCCAUGGUUGAAAGGGCGAAAAUAAGAGGGGACAAGCUGGAAAUCUCUGCUCUACAGGGUGGUGACGCCGGACUUUACAUCUGUAUGGUGGACGGGAAAAAGAUGGAUCACAGACUCAACAUUGUCACAGUCAAUGUCCAUCCCACCAAUGUCCUCAUCCAAGGCACCAAUGCUAUCCUCGAGUGCCAGGUGACCGGAGUGGAUCCCUUGCCCAGUGUGGAGUGGCUUAGUCCAGGUGGAAUGGCGGCAGGGGCCCCUGUACGACCUGGCUUUGGGAAUGUCUCUUUCAGCUCUGUGGCCCUGUCAGACACAGGAGAAUGGACAUGUCAGAUUACUCAGAAUGAGAAGAUACACAAAGAGACUCAGACCAUCAAUGUGAAAAGUUUGUUGACUGCUAAGCCCCUCUUGCCGGUGAAGGGCCCAGAUGAUGAGCAGGGUCACAGUGGACCUAACUCUGAUGUAAAAACUGUGACAGCUUGCGAUCACUGUACCAAAGGCAGCCAGCAGCCCGUUGAGGGGGUGUCCAUGCUGGGCUUAAGCCUGUGGGUGUGGGUGGCAGUGGGAGCAGGAUGCUUGGUCGUGGUCUUACUCCUGGUGACCAUUGUUCUCCUGUACCACAGGAACAAAAUAAUUAAGAGAAGAGCCCGGAAGGUGAAGAACAACAGAGAGCCCUUGAAGUCCAACGACUACUGCCAGUGUAACCGCGCACUAGUGGGUCCACCUCGGAGGACACAGAGGCUGUACCACUGAAACAGCGCUGAUGGAGCGGAGCAUUAUGGGCUGGAACAGGCUUGAUCGACGACACAGGGUGGAAG